ACGCCCGCCAUGGCCGACAAAAAAUCCACCCUCCAAUCCCUGCGAAACUGGGGAGAAAACUCCGUUCCCCCCACCCUCCUCGCCACUCUCAUCACAGCCCAACAUGCCCGUCCCUUCCAGCCCUUGCCCAUGAUGUUUGCUCCCGUCCUCCUCUUCUCCUCCUAUCUCAACCUGAGCAACUACAAGACCGACGCAGCUGGUAUCACGGCGGCGUGGAGUGGCUUAUAUGGUUUGUUGGCACUGCGCCGGAGUCAGAAUCUCAGAAACAAGGCUACAGUACGGGGUGUUGUACGGGGAGGGUCUCUAGCGCUUUGUGCCGUCAACGUGGUUGGGUGUGGACUGGCGUAUACGUUUGGGAAAAGGGAAAAGGACGAGGCGGCGGUAUGA